AUGGGUAUUCUUACAGUAGCUGAGUGUAGAGAGCGUUUUGAGGCAUUUGCUCAGUCUCAAUCCCAAGCACGAUCUGAUCAGAGGUAUCAAAGUGGUAAUUCCCACACCACUACUAGUACACCCGCCCGAGGGGUGAACCAUGUCACAAUGGAUCCUAGUUUAGCCUCUGUUUUGGAAAACAUGUCUAGGGAACUCAAAGAAAUUAGGGCUAAGAUAGACAAAUGUGAGUAUUGUCGAGGGGGUCACGACACAAAUGCGUGUCCAUUACUUGUCGGUGACGAGCAGGUCGACUACGUAGGAGGAGGGUUCGGUAGAGGUCAACCUAGCGGUUUGGGUAAUAAUAAUAAUUUUGGUUCGGGUUGGCGUAAUAAUAAUAAUAACUUUAAUAAUAACACUUUUCGCUCAAAUGGACCCCCUGGCUUUCAAAUGGCUCAAAACCCAAAUAGGGGCCAAAAUUCACUCUUUGGUGGGGGUUCAGGUGGGCAGUUCAACAAAGGGUUCAAUGGGCAGGUCAAGGAUGGGGAGUCAAAUAACCAAGGUCAAACAGGUCAGAGUUCAAGUUAUGAUCUAGGGGGUAGUUUAGAGAGGAUGGAGUCCAUGAUGAGUCAACUAGUUGUUAGGGACCAAACUACCCAAAAGACCCUUAGUGAACACGACCUCAUGCUUAAGAACCACCAAGCCUCAUUCCAAGACCUUCAACGAGUCGUAGGGGAUAUGUCUAGAAAAUUAGAAGAGAGGUUACCCGGUCAAUUUGCGGGUAAUACCCAACCUAACCCCAAUGCCCAUGCUAAAGCCAUUACCACUCGUAGUGGCAAGACCGUAGGAAACCCUAGCGUCGAGGAGAGAGUAGUUGAUGAGGAAAGAGAUGUGAUAGAUGAGGAGAUUGAAAUGGAGGCUCCCGGCAAAGUGCAAAACAGGCUAAGCCCAGCAAGUACCGCACAGCCCGGUGAGUCUCAAAGUGAGAAGAGAGUUGAGAAAACCCCAAUAGACGUUAGACCUUCACCCUUAGUGAACCAUGCGUAUGUCCCGUUCCCUUCACGCCUUAAGAACCAAAAAUACUCAAGGGAACAUGGGCAAUUUUUGGACAUCUUCAAGCAAUUGAAGAUUAACCUUCCAUUUAUAGAGGCACUUCAAUCGAUGCCUAAGUACGCGAAGUUUUUGAAAGACCUCCUUAGGAACAAAGAGAAGUUAGGAGAGUUGUCUAACGUCCCGUUGAAUGGGGGAUGUUCCGCCGUUGUGCUAAAUAAGCUUCCCGAAAAGCUUACCGAUCCGGGUAUUUUCACCAUCCCUUGUCUAUUCGGUAGUAAUACCAACACUCGAGCUUUAGCCGACUUAGGAGCUAGUAUCAACUUGAUGCCCUUUUCUCUUUAUGAGAAACUAGACCUUGGAGAGCUUGCACCUACCCGAAUGACAUUGUCUUUAGCCGAUCGGUCCAUUAAGUACCCUAGGGGUAUAGUUGAGAACUUGUUAGUUAAGGUAGACAAAUUCGUGUUUCCCGCCGAUUUCGUAAUUCUAGAUAUGGAAGCGGAUGAGAGAGUGCCCAUUAUCUUAGGUCGUCCUUUCUUACGCACCGGCCAAAGCUCUCAUAGAUGUCUACGAUGGUAA